GCAUGCCAGUGAACAUAACUAACAACUCCAGGUCUCAGGUGGAGUGCGUCAUGAUAUCAUUCAGUAUUCUAAGAGACUCUUCACGAUUCAAUUAGUGAAAUAUUUCCAAUUUCAAUAAUACUUUUGUACUUUUUACUCUUUGAACUCUUGCGUUUCACAAAUCUUUCAAAAUUGAUGGUCAUAAACAAACUUUAUGGUCGAUUAUCAAUUAAAUACUGACUUACUUGUUAUGGGGACGUGUUUCAUUGUUUAGAACUGGGACAACAAUAGAUUAUCAGAGAGACACAACAGGAGGAAUAAUUUCGGAAUCUGGCAAUUGUCAAGUAAUUUUUUACUGAAAUAUCUCGCCAAUCCAUAAACAGUUCCAAUAUGGACAAGAUAGGAAGGUGCUGUCAAAGUGUGUACACAUAUCCUGUCAACAGACAAAAGGCAAUAAUAGCCGGCAGUGUAGGAGGAUUUAUAGUAAUUGUAAUUUUUGCAAUUAUUCUAAUGAAUGCUGGAGGCGAUAGCACGGUAGAAACAAAAGUAGAAGGAAGACAAGCGUUGAAAACAGCACCUCUUAUUAUUGGGGAAAACAGUAUCGCCAGAAACUUGAAGCGCUACAGGAAAAAUAAAAUAAAUGAAUUCAAUUUUGUCAAUGCUUUCAAAGACAACAAAUGGAAAAAGCAAUGCAAGGAGUGUGUUACUGAUUUGGAAACAUUGAGCAAAGGAAUGGUCGCUAGUCAGGUGAGUGAAGAUCAAGAAAAGACACUUUAGUGAGAUUCAAGUAUU